AUGGGAGGGAGCUCUGACAGUGGGAGCAGCAGCGGCAGCAUGUCGAUGUCCAUGGUCUUCACCAAUGACCACAGCACGCCCCUGUUCUCUUCCGCAUGGACACCAACGACAACUGGUGCUUAUGCUGGAACCUGCAUCUUCCUCAUCGUGCUUGCUGUCAUUAGCCGGCUGCUGCUCGCCUACCGACACGUUCUCGAGCAGAAGUGGCAUGAUCGUGCUGUCAACCGGCGCUAUGUCCUCGUUGCCGGUCAAACCGAGGCGGAUCGCGAGAGGCAGGCAAUCGGAAAGGGUGGCGAGAAGGUCGACCAGGCGGUUCUGACUGCAAACGGGCUGGACGAGCGUGUAAAGGUUGUCCGUUCGGCGCGGAGAGGACUCGAGGUUACGCCGUGGAGAUACAGCACCGACUUACCUCGAGCUUGCAUUUUCACUGUCCAGGCUGGUGUAGGCUACUUGCUCAUGCUGGCGGUUAUGACGCUCAACGUUGGCUACUUUCUUUCCGUCCUCGCUGGCUUGUUCGUGGGCGAGCUUGCUGUCGGUAGAUAUGCUCAGCUUGAGGACGGCCAUCACUGA